AUGGUUAGAAUCUAUAUACACGACGGGAGGGACGAGGAAGAUUUCAGGCUGCCACAUGAUUCCGGUACGCCGCUGACAGAGGGUGAUUUGGGGAAGCUCGGCGUGUUCUACAAGUUCUGUCCCACGAUGCCCGCGGUGGAUGAACUGGCUGCACAACGGCAGUACAAGAAUAGGGACUCCGUGGAGUUAUCGCCGGAAAGUUUCCACAACGACACAGAGAAGAUGAUGCAGCAGUUGAGGAUUUUCUACCAGGAACACCUCCACGACGACGAAGAGAUCAGGUACAUCGUCGGUGGGAGUGGAUACUUCGAUCUGAGACACCCAAAGAACGAACAGUGGAUUCGGUGCGAGGUACACGCGGGGGAUCUGCUAGUCAUCCCCGCUGGGAUAUACCACAGAUUUACAGUGACGACUGACAAUUAUAUCAAGGCGGUACGUCUCUUCAAAGAUGAACCACGUUGGGAAGCGCAUAACAAGUCUGCAGAGACGGAUAAAAGUGCAUCGAGGGUACAAUAUUUACAGACAAUCACCGGCAAGUGA